AUGUCAGAGGGUAAAGAUAUUUUAUACGAAGUUAGAGAUAGGGUGACACUUAUUACUCUCAAUAUCCCUGAAAAGUUGAAUGCAUUGAAUGGAGAGCAGUACCUACUUUUGGCAAAAUUAAUUGAGCGUGCUGACGAAGAAGAAGAUACAGUUGUGACUAUUUUGCAGUCCACAGGACGGUAUUUCAGUGCUGGAGCAAAUGUCAUGGACAAAGGGAUUUCAGAACUUUCUUCAGAGGAGGUAUUUGCCCAUGAAACGUGGUUGAAUAGGUUCGUUUCCAGAAACGUAUUUCUCACUGACCUAUGCCACAACCAUAAAAAGGUUCUCAUUGCUGCUGCAAAUGGCCCUGUCGUUGGACUUUCAAGUGCUAUUUUAUCAUUAUGUGAUCUUAUAUAUGUUAUGGACACUCUGAAGUUCUAUUUGUUGGCACCAUUUUCCAAUUUGGGUCUUGUUGCAGAGGGAGCCACUUCUGCAACUUUGUUUUUGAGAUUGGGAUGGGCAAAGGCUUCGGAAGCCCUUCUUUUUGCUAGGCCCAUCCCCGGUAAAGAAUUGGACAAAUUGGGCUUCAUCAACAAAGCAUACGAUGGUGAAUGUCUGUCAACUGAGGAAUUUAACGAGAGAGUCUAUAAAGACGUCGUGGCACAGUUUUCGAACUUGUGGGAAGAAUCCAUAUUUGCAAACAAGCAGUUGAUGAAGGCAAAUAGAGAUCAGCUUAUCAACAGUGCUAACUCUAGAGAAGUUAUCAAAGGUUUCAAUCAAUGGGUAAAGGGUGUACCCCAACAGAGAUUCGUUAUGUUGGCUCAAAAAGAUCUCAAACACAAAAUGUAG